AAACCCUCUCUCCCUCAGGGCUACCUGAAGCCAUGUUCUCUGCGGGGACCAUCUGCAGCCUGCUGCUCCUCAGUGUGCUCUGGGUGGACGUGGCCAUGGCAGGCUCCAGCUUCCUGAGCCCCGAACAUCAGAAAGCCCAGCAAAGAAAGGAGUCCAAGAAGCCACCAGCCAAACUGCAGCCCAGAGCUAUCGAUGGCUGGCUCCACCAAGAGGACACAGACCAGGCGGAUGGCGCAGAGGACGAGUUGGAGAUCCGGUUCAAUGCCCCCUUUGACAUGGCAAUCAAGCUGUUUGGGGCUCAGUACCAGCAGCACAGCCGGGCCCUGAGGAAGUUUCUUCAGGACAUCCUUUGGGAAGAGGCCAAAGAGGCCCUGGCUGACCAGUGA